GCUCCAUGUUAAAAGUAUCCAGGGCAAAGGUCAAUGCUUUCUGCACAAUUCGACCAUGGACACUACGAAAAAGACACGACACUGAAAAACUAGCAGAGGCAGAUGAGAUUGCGGACAUUGGAGAGCUCUGCCAGACAGCCAUGGGAUCUGUCAAGUCAUCCACCCCUGAGAGGCUCAUGUCAGAAUCAGUGGACAGCUUGAUAAGUCAAACUACUAAAGCUGUCCAGGAAAUAAUUGCGAAAGAGGUCAGUGCCAUGGCAGAACCUCUUUUGCAUGAUGUGGCAGAUCAUGAGUGUGCAGUGCUUGAUUCUGACACCUCCUUAAAGAUUGAAAAUGUCUCAUGUAUCAUUGCUGAGAGCUUUGUUGAGGCGGUUAGGAUUAAGGUCUCUACCAGCCGGUCAUCCUUACAGCAGCUUUGUCAAAGUCCAGAUUUUAAGAAGACAAGUGGCAGCCCCCUACCAAGAGAGGGAGGCUUCUUGAAAGAAGUGGGGGACAAGGUAAAGGCCUUUUUCGCCACAAGGUUUACAAAACUGUCUAUCAAUAGAAUCCGGACACAACUCAAGAACAAGUUCUUUCCCAACUCGAAAGUUCAAAACAGUGAGUCACUGAAGUCUUUCAUUGACAGUAUUGAUACACUGUUUGAAACAGAGAAUGAUGACGAACUUGGUGGAAAUGAGCAUGCUGUGUUCAGUAAAUUACGGCGCAUAUCAGAGGGACAAGACUCAGGCUUCACACAAAAACUUGGUGAUGUUCUUCACAGUCACCUUUCAGAGGAGGUGAGUUCUCAAGCUGACUCAAAACAGCCAUCACGUGAGACCCUUUAUGCAGCCAUAGCCGGCAAAGUGUGGCGUUUGCUGGGAAUGAUGCGCUGGUGGGUGAAGACUAAGGCUUCUGAACACAGUCUUAAAGUAGUAUUGGAUUUGAUGGACUCUGAGGUACUAUCACCAUCACCCACAGUUUUAGUGUCUGUGAACAAAUCACAGACACCCUCAGUGACACAAUCAGAAAAUGCUUCACCAACACCCAGGGUGGCAGUGUCUAAGAGCACAUCGCCAGCACCCAAAGUGAGAGCGUCUGAAAGCACAUCGCCAAUACUUACAGUGACACUGCCAGUAACCCAAGCUUCUGGACACAGUUAUAAAGUAGCAUUGGAUUUGAUGGACUCUGAGGUACUAUCACCAUCACCCACAGUUUUAGUGUCUGAGAAGAAAUCACGGACACCCUCAGUGACAAACGCUUCACCAACACCCAGGGGGGCAGUGUCUAAGAGCGCAUCGCCAGAACCCGAUGUGAGAGCGUCUGAAAGCUCAGACAACACAUGUCCAUCAGCCGAAUGGAGAGUACUUAGAAACUCUCCAUUACCACCACCACUCAAAGUGAUACUACCAAAAAACUCUCUAUCACCAGUACCCAAAGUGAUAGUACAUAGAACGGUUCUAUCACCAAUAACUGAGGAGGACGUCCAACAACUCAUCUCAACAGUUUCUCAGGUCAGUCGAUCAUCAACACAUGCUGCUACAAGAGAACAGACAGUGAAGUACACACAACUCAGUGUACUUGUUACUAAGGUGGUUUCUCGCAUCUACAGCAAAGCCAAGAUAACCCAUCCAGCUGAAUCACCAGAAACUUUUAUUAGGAGGGUGAUUGAAAAGACAUGGGCCGAACUUGAGGGACAAGAUUUUACAAUCACCCCGAAAACAUACAAAAGGCUGGACAAAACCAUUGUCGAAAACAUGUGCAGGAAAUGGGGCUGUGUCGAGGAUGUGUUGGUGGCAAUGGCACUUGAAGGAGAAGUAGUUGAGAACUACAUUGCCUGCUCUGUCAAAUACUUACUUUUGACACCACCAAAGAACAAGAUGAGCAAGUUCUUUGGCUCAUUCGGCAAAGCAGUCAAAUCCAUCACUGGUAUUUUUAAACGGUCUUGAUGUCGUGAAGACAUCAAAUGUCUGUCAGAGACCAGUUAGUGGCCUCUGUCCAAGUUUCUUAUAGAGAUUCAUUGGGUUUCCUCCGGGUGUCUCCGGUUUCCUCCCGCUUUACGUUAUCAUAGAAAAAAAAAUGUUAUUAAAGGCCACCUUAAGGUUUCAUCCCACUUACCAUCACUACAAUAAUAGAAUUAGUUUAAUUAAUGGCCAUUUAGGGUUUACAGGUUGCUCUGGUUUUCUCCCGCUUUACAUCAACACCAUAAGAAAAAAAUUAAACUAAAGGCCACUUUAAGGUUUCAUCCCUCUUACCAUCACCACAAUAAUAGAAUUAGUUUAAUUAAUGGCCAUUUAGGGUUUACAGGUUGCUCUGGUUUCCUGCCGCUUUAUGUCAACACUAUAGAAAAAAAUUAAAGGCCACUUUAAGGUUUCAUCCCUCUUACCAUCACCACAAUAAUAGAAUUAGUUUAAUUAAUGGCCAUUUAGGGUUUACAUGUUGCUCUGGUUUCCUCCCGCUUUAUGUCAACACUAUAGAAAAAAAUUUAAUUAAAGGCCACCAUAGAGUUCUCGCUUACCAACACCAAAAUAAUAGAAAUAAAUUAUUAAUGGCCAUUAAGGAUUUACUUAGGGUUGCUCUGGGCCAUAGUUACUCAAAAUAGAGGCUUUGAACAUGGCCCAUGCAGACCCCAUGUCCCCAACCACCCCCGGAAUGCAGGACAAAUUCUCCUGGAGGUGGGUGUUGAAGAACAUGCAAACAGGGGUCUCCGCUCGAUGUUCCGAGUUCACUCUCACUCUCACUCCACAUUUGGGUUUGUCAGGUCAGUC